AAUCAGAGUUUUCAGAGCUUAACGACAAGUGCGCUGUGUCGGAGAGAGACGGCUAAAGCUCAGGUUGGACACCAUUAAGCUGUGUUCGUAUUGUGGGUAAAACAAAUUCAAGCCUGCAUUUGAGCUGACGUUACAACGGAGAGUUUGGACAGUCGUGACCUCUUUUUUUCUUCAUCCACCUGAACUGUAACAACCUGAAGACAACGACGUCCUGCACUAAACCCUCAUGUGCAUCACGCCGUGGGACGUUUUCUUCCUUUAAAGUGUCUUUAAAAUAAAUCUCCUUUCUUUUUAGACCUUACGUUGUAUAGCUGUCACUGCGCGUUUCCUCGUGCACAUAUGUGUUCUGGUGGAUUUCCUCUUGUCGUAAUCAGCUUUACCUGGAAACACAGUUUUUUUUUUUGACCAGAAGCAGCAUUUUGACUAAUCAUUGUUGUUUUUUAUGUAUUUGGAGUGUAGCCUAAGCCUAAAUCUCAUCCAUGUAGCCCCUCCUCUUUCUGCUGCUGAGAAGAGCGACAACACCAGAGAGCUGCGAGUCAGUCUGACACCAAACACAGAGGAAGACAGAGGAUCUCCAGAGAAUAGACGAGCACAAGAAGGGAUCAAGUCAAGAAUAAAAGGAUAAACUCACUUUUCUUGGACUGAGUCAAACGGAGUAAAGGGAUUGGACCGGUGAUCUCGCCUCUGAAGAGUUUUCUCCUUGUGUUUGUGAGUAAAGACUGUAAACUAAACAGGUUUUCUUCCCUGUAAAGUGGAUCCUUCCUUCAUCUGGAGAACACUUUCCCUUUCUGUAACCUACUAUAGCACCAUGGAAGCUUUGAGUUGUAAACAGUCCAGUCCAGUUCAGGCUUUAGGAACGUGUGUGAUUGUGUUGUUAGUGGAUUGAAUAGUUAAUGUAAGAGUUCAUAACAAUGGUUGAACCGGUGGGGUUUGUAGCAGCAUGGAGAGCCCAGUUCCCCGAGUCCGACCCCCCUUGCAUGGAGCUGAACUCACUGGGGAACAUUGAACAGGAGCUCGACAAAUGCAAGACUUCUAUCCGGCACUUGGAGAAGGAAGUGAACAAGGAGCGCUUUAGGAUGAUCUACCUGCAGACUCUGCUCGCAAAAGAGAGGAAGUCUUACGACGGGCAGCGAUGGGGGUUUAAAAGCACGCCCCAAAUGAUUGAUGGAGACCCAGACAGCCAGAGGCCCCACACAGAAGAGGCACCAGUGGAGGAGCAGCAGCAGCAGCAGAGAGGGCCUGGCAAAACAACCAGGUGUAAACCACAUCCAGAAGGAGAGAUGGAUGGUGCGUCCCCAGCCAAACAGAAGGGUGGGGUGUCACGAGUGCACCAGGACUCAGAGAUCCCAGAUUUCCCACUGGGCACGGGCUCUGUGGCCGCCCUGAGGUCCAACUUUGAGCGCAUCAGGAGGGCCAACUCUCACUCGGCUGGAGACGGCCGAGGGUUGUCAGUCGUGGGCGGACAGGAGAAACCUUUCUACGCGAACAUGGAGUACCACACAGAGCGAGGGCUGGUGAAAGUCAACGACAGGGAGGUUUCGGAGAAGAUCAGCACCCUGGGCAGUCAGGCCAUGCAGAUGGAGCGCAAGAGGUCCAUGCACUCCGUCCCGGUGAACCUGUCGGCCGCCACGGGGGACAUCGGCAAAGAUCUUCAGAGAGGCAGGUCCACCGAGGGGAACUGCAGCCACAACGGGUCGUAUGAGGACGCCGAGGUCAGCCCUCAUUUCCUGAAAGACGGUGUGAUCCCCUCCACUGGGGGGAAGUCUGAGUCAGCAGAGUGCCAGCCCUACACCAGCGUGUAUGUCGGGGGAAUGAUGGCCGACGGGGACACCCGGGUCAUCCACAUUAGGGACCACAGCGUCGAGGAGGACGCGCACCUCACCUGGCCGAGGCGCUCCUACUCUCCCGGCAGCUUUGACGACGUAGGAGGAGGCUACACACCGGACUGCAGCUCCAACGAGAACCUAACGUCCAGCGAGGAGGACUUCUCCUCGGGCCAGUCCAGCCACGUGUCUCCCAGCCCCACCACCUAUCAGAUGUACAGGGAGAAAAGCCGCUCGCCCUCCCAGCACUCCUUUGACAGCAGCAGCCCGCCCACGCCCCUGUCUCAGAAACGCCUGAAGCAGCAGCAGGGGACGGUGUCCGAGGCCUCCGUCGUAGGGGUCCGUAAAACGGGCCAGGUCUGGCCCAGUGAUGGGGAGUCCACCACGUCCAGCAGGACCUCUCACGACAACAGUGUUCAAGGAGAUCUGGAGGCUCCCUACAAUGAGACCCCUCCGUCGUAUGGGUAUGACCUGGAGCACUCAGAGGAGCACCAGCCUCGCCACGAGCCUCUAUCCUUCACCGGAUCCCCGUCCUCCUCGCCACGACUCCGCUCCAAGAGCCGGAGCAGCCGAGACACCCAGUCCUCCGGCUCCCUGGAGUCCACGCUGUCGGUGGAGUUGGAUCAGGAGAAGGGGCUGGAGAUGAGAAAGUGGGUUCUCUCAGGAAUCCUGGCCAGUGAGGAGACUUAUCUCAGCCACCUGGAGGCCCUGUUGAUACCCAUGAAGCCUCUGAGGGCUGCAGCCACAACAUCCCAACCAAUGCUGACCAUCCAGCAGAUAGAGACCAUCUUCUUCAAAGUGACAGAGCUUCAUGAGAUCCACAAGGACUUCUAUGAUGCUCUGCUGCCCCGAGUCCAGGAGUGGGGCCACCAGCAGUGUGUGGGCGACCUCUUCCAGAAACUGGCAAGCCAGCUCGGCGUGUACAGGGCCUUUGUGGAUAACUACAAAGUUGCUGUGGAGACGGCGGACAAAUGCUGCCAGGCGAACGCUCAGUUUGCAGAGAUAUCUGAGAAUCUCAAGGUCAAAAGCACAAAGGACUGCAAAGACCAGGCGGCUAAAAAUUCCCUGGAAACUCUUCUCUACAAACCUGUGGACAGAGUGACGCGCAGCACACUCGUUCUGCAUGACCUCCUGAAGCACACGCCCUCCAGCCACCCUGACUAUCCGCUGCUACAGGACGCCCUGCGCAUCUCUCAGAACUUCCUGUCCAGUAUAAAUGAAGAGAUCACUCCACGUCGACAGUCCAUGACAGUUAAGAAGGGAGAGAACCGUCAGUUGCUGAGGGAUCGCUUCAUGGUGGAGCUGGUGGAAGGUUCCAGGAAACUCCGUCACGUCUUCCUCUUCACCGACCUGCUGCUCUGCACCAAGCUGAAGAAACAGGCUGCAGGAAAAGGGCAACAGUACGACUGUAAGUGGUACGUCCCACUGGCUGACCUGACUUUCCAGACCAUUGAGGACUGUGAGUCCACCCCCAUCCCGCUGGUCCAGGAUGAGGAGAUCGACGCCUUGAAGAUCAGAAUCUCCCAGAUCAAGAACGAGAUCCAAAGAGAGAAGAGAACCACCAAAGGACCCAAGGUGAUCGAGCGACUGAGGAAGAAGCUAUCAGAACAGGAGUCUCUGCUGCUUCUCAUGUCGCCCAACAUGGCGUUCAGAGUGGCCAACCGAAACGGCAAGGGUUUCACGUUUCUCAUCUCUUCCGACUAUGAACGGGCCGAGUGGAGGGAGAUCGUUCGCGAGCAGCAGAAGAAGUGCUUUAAAAGCUUCUCUCUGACCUCUCUGGAGCUGCAGAUGCUCACUAACUCGUGUGUGAAACUGCAGACUGUUCACACGAUUCCAAUGACCAUGAAUAAGGAAGAUGAUGAAUCUUCUGGUUUGUACGGCUUCCUGAAUGUCAUCGUCCACUCUGCGUCCGGGCUGAAACACAGCUUAAACCUUUACUGCUCUCUGGAGGUGGAUUCCUUCGGCUACUUUGUCAACAAAGCCAAAACACGCGUGUACAGAGACUCUACAGAGCCCAACUGGAACGAGGAGUUUGAGAUUGAACUGGAGGGCUCUCAAACUCUGAGGCUGCUCUGCUAUGAGAAGUGCUGCAACAAAAGCAAGCAGAGCAAAGAGGAUGGAGAGACCGCAGACAAGAUCACGGCCAAAGGACAAAUAAAGCUGGAUCCUCAGACGUUGCAAAAUAAAGACUGGCAGAGGGCAGUCAUCACCAUGAAUGGGGUCGAGGUGAAGCUUUCGAUGAAGUUCACCAGCAGAGAGUUCAGUUUAAAGCGAAUGCCUUCACGGAAACAGUCCGGCGUCUUUGGAGUGAAGAUCAACGUAGUAACUAAGAGAGAACGCUCCAAGGUUCCCCUCAUUGUGAGACAGUGUGUGGAGGAGAUUGAGCGACGAGGGAUGGACGAGGUGGGAAUCUACAGAGUGUCUGGAGUCGCAACUGACAUCCAGGCACUGAAGGCUGCCUUCGACUCGAACAACAGAGACGUGUCUGUCAUGAUGAGGGAGAUGGACGUGAACGCCAUCGCUGGAACACUGAAGCUGUAUUUCCGCGAGCUUCCGGAGCCUCUUUUCACUGAUGACUUGUACCCCAACUUUGCUGGAGGCAUCGCUCUCUCUGACUGUGUGGCCAAGGAGAGCUGCAUGCUCAACCUGCUGCUGUCUCUACCGGAGCCCAAUCUGGUGACCUUCCUCUUCGUGCUCGACCACCUUAAAAGGGUGACUGAAAAUGAGAGCAUCAAUAAGAUGUCUCUGCACAAUCUGGCCACAGUCUUCGGCCCCACUUUGCUGCGGCCCUCUGAAAAGGACAGCAAAAUCUCAAACAGCUCGCAGCCCAUCUCCAUGAAUGACUGCUGGUCCCUAGAGGUCAUGUCUCAGGUGCAAGUCCUUCUCUACUUCCUUCAGCUGGAGAGCAUCCCUACCCCUGACAGCAAACGUCAAAGCCUUCUCUUCUCCACUGAAGUAUAAACAGGAACAUUAUGUCUGUAAAUGUUCGGUUCAGAGGCAGAAUGUCUGCCGCUCAAUGAGCUGGACGCUGCUGAGCAGCCACGGCUGGCUGGUUUACCCUGAGGAUGCUUAUUUUAGCCACCAGGUGGAACCAUCGACACAUUGCGACCUAGAAAUGGCCACCAUGACCAAAGCCAUGUCUUUUGGAGAUGUGCGUUCUGUUUCCCUACAAGCUUGCCUGCUGUGUCAGUAAAAGACAACCCUACAUGAUGUAUGUACAAUAUAUACAUCAUUCCUUUUUUAAUUUAAUUUAAAUUUCAAGAGGCGUUAUUUACUGUACUUAGAUUUUUUUUCCACUGGUCUGUUCUGUCACUGUGCACAUUAGCUCCAUCUUCACAGAGGGAGAUUUCUGCUGUAGUUAGAUAUUGUAAGAUGUAUUUCUGUGGACGGACGAUGGAUGAAUGAAUGGUCGGAUGAAUGGACAGAUAUUUUUCAUGUCUAUACAGUCUAUGUUUGACCUGGUUGAAAGCUCACCUGUGCCAAUGUUUCCCUGCUGAUGGCCAAUAGAACGUUUCAGUUACCCAAAUGUUUACACACACACACACACACACACACACUCUUCAUUUUGUACAGAAUUAAAAAGUUUGAGACUGAAAACUGUAGUUAACACACAGCAACAUGCAGGCAUGUUGACCAAAGCAUUUAAAGCGUGGUGGGAUCUGUGCUGUACUAUUUGUAUAGCGCCCGUAUUCAGUUCACAGGUUAUUCCUGUGGUGCCCAAACCAACUUUUAUGUAGACAUGAGUGAUUUUUUUUUUUUUUUUGGGAAGUGGUACAGAUAAGUAAAUGGCAAAUUAUUCCAGGAAGAGGAGAUGCCUGAUCUAUGGAAUGUAUUCUGUGCUGUGUAUCAUUUUAAUUUCACAGUUGUCUUUUGUCCAUAUUUCCUAUGUUUUGUGUCCACGUUGUUGUUUUUUUUUUCUGAUUUGAUUUAUUCUGUUGAUGUAUUAUGUGUUGCUUCCUGCAUUCCUGGUCUGUAGUCUACCUAUAUAGGACAAAACCACACUGCUGUAGAAAUGAGAGCACCCGGAGAUUAUCUCAAAUACCAAUGUAGGACCCUUGAAGCACAGUGAUUCACUCAUCUCCACGUCUCCUGGCUUAUUAAUAGGUUUAUCAUCCACAUACGUGUAUUACUUACUGAAAAUACACUGUUCUUGCAUUAAUAUUUUUUUUUUCCAAAUCCCUACAAGUAUUCAAACACUUGUUAGCACAAACUAUAACCCUAAAGGCUUGUGAUUUAAGUAAAAAAGCAAUAAACUGUUAGCGAUUCGUAGGAUGAGACUGGUGAGUCUUGUGUGUAUGAUUUAUGUCAAUAAAAACUUGGCAACAUUA